GGCUGAGGUCUGGAGACUGGCCUCGCCCAGGCGACAGAAGGUCGGGGCGGUGCCGCGGGACCCCGUGGGGCGGCAGGUCCUCUCGCUGCAGUCCUCGAGCUCCGCCGCCUCCCCAUCCCUGACCCCGGGUGGAACCGAAGGUCAGGUCCGCCGCCCCGCCCCGUCCCACCUCGUCCCGGCGCCGACGCUGUUCAGUGGGUGGCUCACUGUUAACACUGACUUCACCCACGUGCAGCCUUCAUGGCGGCCUCGCAGGUCCCGGGGGAGAAGAUUAACAUCCACGCAGGAGAGACGGCCAAGGUCGGGGACAGGGACCUGCUGGGGAACGGCUGUCCGGAGCAGCACAGAUCCACCCAGCGCUCCUGGAGGCAGAAGUGCGCCUCCUACGUUCUGGCCCUUCGGCCCUGGAGCUUCAGUGCCUCACUCACCCCGGUGGCGCUGGGCAGUGCCCUGGCCUACAGAUCCCAGGGCGUGCUGGAUCCCAGGCUGUUGGUGGGUUGUGCCGUAGCUGUCCUCGCCGUGCAUGGGGCUGGCAAUUUGGUCAACACUUACUACGACUUUUCCAAGGGCAUUGACCACAAAAAGAGCGAUGACAGGACCCUGGUGGACCGAAUCUUGGAGCCCCAGGAUGUUGUCCGGUUUGGAGUCUUCCUCUACACCUUGGGCUGUGUCUGUGCUGCUUGCCUCUACUACCUGUCCACUCUGAAACUGGAGCACUUAGCUCUCAUCUACUUCGGAGGUCUGUCUGGCUCCUUUCUCUACACAGGAGGAAUUGGAUUCAAGUACGUGGCCCUGGGAGACCUCGUCAUCCUCAUCACUUUCGGCCCGCUGGCUGUGAUGUUCGCCUACGCCGUCCAGGUGGGGUCCCUGGCGGUCUUCCCACUGGUCUACGCCAUCCCUCUUGCCCUUAGCACCGAGGCCAUUCUCCAUUCCAACAACACCAGGGAUAUAGAGUCCGACCGGGAGGCUGGCAUCGUCACGCUCGCCAUCCUCAUCGGCCCCACUUUCUCCUACAUGCUCUACAACACGCUGCUCUUCCUGCCCUACCUGAUCUUCAGCAUCCUGGCCACGCACUGCAGCAUCAGCCUGGCGCUCCCCCUGCUCACCAUUCCCAUGGCCUUCUCCCUUGAGAGACAGUUCCGAAGCCAGACUUUCAACAAACUGCCCCAGAGGACUGCCAAACUCAACCUUCUGCUGGGACUCUUCUACGUCUUUGGCAUCAUUCUGGCACCAGCAGGCAGUCUGCCCAAACUCUAGGGGGACCGGUAGCUCCCCUGACAACAUGUCCCCCUUUCUUAGAAUGUGUUGAAGGCAGAGUAUCUGAGGAGGGAAGUGAUUUGGGAGUGAGGGGCCUACGGACGGCUUGUGAACUCUUAUCUUUUUUUUUUUUAAUUAUCAUGUUCUGAGAAUGUUUUGUUUUUGUUGUUUUAUUCUGUUUUAUGGGGACUCUUGAAACUACUUUGCUAUCAGAUGAAGGUAAGUUGGAUGCAUAACCCUUGUUUUAUUUAUAAUUUCCACUAGAGGGUGUUGUCAGGUCAUUUUUAAGUGGACGCAGGUGCCCUAAGGCUGUGAAGGAGCCACUGGGCUUGGGCUUCUGUCCUAAAAGAGCCAUAGUAAUGGAGCGAAGUGUCCCCUCUUGUCUUGGUUUGGCAGGAUGUGGUAAUGGUCCCCAGCGACAAGGAGUAGGUGUCCGACACUGAGCACUGCGGGCCUGAAAUACCACUGCUAGAGAGAGAAAGCCCCUCAUUAAUAGCCCGGCUUGGCUCCCGGCUUUUUGCCUAAAUUGUGAUUCAGACACUUUUGUCCUUCACUUCACUUACUGCCACAGUUGAGGGAAAGCGCCAGGUCACCCCGCAGCAAGACAGCCAGGCCGGGGCCUGGGUAGGAGGGAAAAACCCACCCUGGAGGCAGCUGAGAAAAUCCGCUCCGCUUUUGGACAGAAACUGGUCGGGCAGCUGUCUUGCCUUUGUUGAACCCACUGGAAUAACAAGAAGACUCCCAGGCCUUUCAGUAACUCGCAGAGCUCUGAAGUUGCAGAGGCCCAGCUGUCUUUUCGGGCUGCUUAAAGCCCGCAAGGCUGCUUCAAGGCCUGCCCCUUCGCCUUUCCUCGUGCUCCCCUCCGCCUGCCCUCCGCUUCUCCCAGGUUCCCACCUGUGUGUCUCCCACCCGUGGAGCCCUGCUGUUUGGGCAGCUGCUUAGCAACCGAAUCAGGGACGGUUGCCUCUUUCAGCAGAACCACAGGACGAGCAGACCAGGGACACCAGCUCCUCCGUGAGUGAACAAGCCAGUGGUCAGACGGUCCUGACCCUGUUCAGCCACAAUGACGGGCCUGCCAGUGAAGGAACUGCAUCUUCUUCCUUGAAGGCAGAUGUGCAAUAAUGACCCUCUUCCUCCCCAAGGCUUCAGUCGCCUUGUGCAGAGAUAGUUUGCACCUGGGGGACAGGAUUCCAACGUUGAUCAAAGCUGCUUUUCAUUUCAUUGCCUGGGCAGUAUGACUUCCGGGCUAGAAUCGUUUAGUUGCAUUGAGUCCAAGACUGAAUAGGGUGAGGGCAUUGUCAUUAUGCUUUUCUGCUCUGGUGAUGGCCAUUUUGGUAGGUAUUUCAGGGUCUUGGCCUGCAGAAAAUGACAUGAGAGCUAGGUCUUAAUCCUUAAAAUCAGGCCAAUUAUGAUUUGGCUCCUUGAGUUAGAAUUGGGCAGCUUACUUGAGAAAAACGUAUUUGGAAAUUGCAAGAGUUCCUCCUAAGUUAAAGGUGGUUUGCCUGCAGAGUUCCAGAAGCCUCAAAUCGUGGUCAGAGCCCUUUAGGGAAAGGAGGAUAGCCCCUCUCCUGCCUUUGUCCCCAGCACCACUUUGGUUUUAUGGCAGGCUGGUGGCAUUUUGGUGCUCACAGGAGUCCUGCCUUCAAAGACAAGCUUCUUGGGCUCCUCUUCAGAGCAGGCCAUUGUCACUUAAAGCCCACCCCUGAGGUCGUAGGACCAGGAGCCCCCUGCGUCCACAGGCCAGGCCACCUUGGUAAGCACUCCCCUUGGGGGUGCCGGUUAACCUCUGUGCUGUGUUCCAGUGCAGGUUUUAAUGCGUAUUUUUAUAUAUAGAUCUUUCUAAAAGGCCAAAUUUGGUGCCAGGUUUUAUAUUCAGGUCACUAUAAUUUGUAAUACAUCCCCUGAUUCAAUGAAGGUUUUCUUUAGACUGGUUAAUUAAAAGAAAAUUAAAAAUUAAAAAAAGGAUAUUUUUA